UGGCACGCUCCCUGCAUUGAAACGGCAAUUAUAGAAGUGUGGCUUGUGAGUGAUUCAGCCCUGCCAGCCGGAGCUACCCCGUGCGUGUUACCCACCGCAAUGCGCUCGACCCUCACUCCACUGACCGCCGCUCCUCAAAAGCCUGGCCGCCCCCUCCUCGGGGGCUGCCUGUGCUGAGCUGGCGGUACCCCCCACAAUGCCUCGCACCAAUGCUGACUGCACCCGCAGCUGGUGAAGCUACACGCCCUGCAAUUGAGUCGCCAUGCACCUGGACAUGCUGGCCGCCGACCACUUGCACUCCCCGCCGCGCCUUCCCAAGGACGCUGCGAACGGCACCUGCCCAGCGUUACAGAUGCCUCUUUCCGUGCUUGGCUCGCUCCUGCGCAAACAGAGCCUCUCGCCGUUCGGGCCCAGGGCCGACAGGACGGAGGCUGCUGAGGCUACUACGCCUGCAGCGGCGGCCCCUCAGACGCAUCCUCCCCUGGCAACCGCCUCUGGCACCCAAACCUCUCCUGCUCCCUCGCGGCGCGCCUCCACCAGCAGCGGCACGUCGACCGAGAAAACGAAGAAGCACAAGCGGCCCAAGACCAUCUACAAGCUCGCCCAGCCGCCGCACCCCCGCGGCAAGCUGCACCGCUCCAAAGUCGUCCUGCAGCUCCACCAGGUUGUCGCCUCGCGCCGCCCGAAGCCCGCCUUCGAGGUCAUUCCCUACACCAUCUUCGGCCCCUUGUCGACGCGCUGCAAGAUUCGCACCUACCACGGCCGCUCGCUCACUACUGCCGAUCUUGUCAUUCUGAAGGCCGAGGAGUACCACCACAAUGAAGACGAGAGGUCCGACGAAGAGCGUUUUGGGUCCAGGGAGGUCGUGGGUGUCAUCUGCCCUGCCAAGGACGACAAGGGUGGCGUCACCAAAACCGCAGUCCUGAUGGAGAACGGGCAGUCGUGGGAGGUCGCACGAACACCCAAUGGCGGAUACGAGUUCGUCCAUGUCGACGACCAUGGCCUCACCCUGAGAUCGCGCUGGGUUGCGAAACCGCCUCAUCUUCGCCGCCAGUCCUCCAUGUCCAAUGCCUCCCAGGCCUCCCCUACCGAAGACCGCAAGUUCACCUUCAGCACCAUCAGCCAAAACUCGCGCCGCCAUCCCAUUAUUGCGACCAUGACCCGUGAUCGCAUUGAAGUCAGCGAUUCGUACAUGAUGCCUUCUGCCACUUCUCCGUCCACGCCGAGCGCCCCGUCGUCGGCUCUUCCUACCCCUCUAGCAACCCCGUCCAGUAUCGAUAUGAACUCCUUUCUGGACAACGAUCGCCUUCCGAUUGAGACAGACGAGGCACUCAAGGCCUUCAUUAUUGCUUCCGGCGUGUGGGUGGCCUUCCAGGAAAAUUGGUCCCCAGCCUACUCCAUCUUGAAAGGCGGUGUUCCUCCCCCUCUGGCUACUUCCAACACCUUCAGAACGACCCCCAAUCGCACCGUCUCCAUGACCUACGUCGAUUCACCUCGCUCCGCUUCCCCUUGUUCAAUGGACGAGAGCAAGCGCAUUAUACCCCGUAUCAUCCGGACACACACUCAGUUCCUGCACAGCAAAACAUCCGAACCAGGCUCUCCCGUCUCCUCGCCAAUCAAGACGCGUCCUCGCCGUGCCAAUUCUACCGGCAACACUGAGAUUUUCAGGAACAGUAGCCUCCGAAAGCGCUUCGGUCUCGCUUUGGAGGAUCAGCCAGUGCUUGAAACCGAAGAAGAGCGCCACAUUAAACGUAGCAUGGAACUUUUGCGCGUCAAGGAGCUUGCUCUCCAGCCUCCGCCUACCUUUUCCUCAGACAAUGGCGCCCUCUCGCCCAUUCCUUCCAUUGAGCCUCCCAUGUCUCCCACUGAUCCUGAGCCCUCUCCAACCUUGCCGGAUGCCAGAACCAGGAAGACUCGAUCCGCGUACGACCCCGUACCCACCGCUGGCAUGUGGGACUCUGGUGUGGUAGAGGGCAAAGGCACCUUGAGGACACGUCCGACCAGCUUGGUCGUCGUCAACGACAAGAAAAUGAAAGCCCAGCGCAAGGAACAGCGCUCAAAGAGCCGCGACAAGAACAAAGAGAAGAAGGAGAAGAAAGAAAAGGACGGACGCCGCAAGAGCGAGGGUCUGCGAGGUCUGUUCGCAGGCAUAUUCCACAAAGAAAAGCACGUUGCUUAAGAUUUCAUUGAGACUACAGGUUGCUCAUGCUUAUCGUUUGGUGUUUUGGUUGCCUUGCGCUUUUGGCCAGCAACUGGGUGGCAUUUUUCGGUGUUUGCGGAUGAUUCAAAGGCUGGUCCUACACUUGUAUGGCAGCCGCUCCCAGCUCUCUACGCUAUGUUUUCAUUGUUUCGUCGUGUUCGCGCUGUCUAUCCUUUCAAACCUACGUUAUCACUUUGCUUCUCUGUGCAUAUUGAACUAUACCCCUCCAAGACGUAGCUAUCUGUUCCUUGAAUCAAAUUGUCCAUCACGAAU